UGAAGAUGUCUGUGGGCCUCCAUGAGCCCCCCGAACAGGCCGCUGUACGUACAUGGGCUCGGUGCCGUAGUAUGUACUCGACGCCGGUCUGUGUGAGCGCCUUGCCGAAGUAGUCAGUCGAUGCUGUCUGUCGUCCCACUCGUCGCCCUUGUCCUCCUUGUCCAGAGGCAGCCCCGGCCGCUUGAACAUACGCAGAUACACGACAACAGAAUGAACCGCUGAUCUCCAUCUGGAUAAGAGAAUGGAGUCAUCACUUUUCACUGACCGAACCUUCCUCUGUGUCGCUGCUAUGCCAACCGAGUAUUAGACACCCCCGAAGUCGACUUUGCUCUACGCCAACCCCACCAUCUUGCCGCGCACGUCCUUGUACUUGUAGCCGUGCUUGUGGUUGAUCUUGAGUACCAGGCGGCCGAGUUCGGCGGCCCACUUCAUGCGGAGGUCGGUCUCGUCGAAGUUCCGCUUCAAAGACUCCUUCACGGCAGUCUGAGCACACGCGCACAAUGAGACGCGGACAAGAAACACGCUCUCUGUCUCUCUCUAUGUGUGAACGUGCUGUAACCGUACGAGUCCUCCCAGUGGAAUGUUCCAUAUGGCGAAAUCAUAGCCUACAAAUUCCACGACAUACAUUGCAUGUAUCAUUGGCUUUCUCCUUAUCCCACAGUCACUUCCAGUCCUUGCUAUUUCAUUGUGCUUUGUGCGUAUCUGUGAAGGUGACCUUGUCCAGCAGAUCGAUGAUCUUCGGCUCCAUCUCCCCCCGCCCUUCUCCGGCCCAUUAAGCUCCGCCUUGAGUUUGACGGGCUCGGGCGAGCCGGUGGCGGUGCCCACGGCAGCGAGUGGCGUUGGCUACACAACCAGCAGAAUCAUCACCAGAGAUGAAUGUCAAGACAAAGGCAAUGAUGCUCUCACCUCUCAGCCGGGCCAGCCCUUUGUUCUUCUUGAUCUCCUCCUUGCGCCUCCUCUCCCUCUUCUCCUCUCGGACCUCCCGGGUGUCGACACCCUCUGCUUGCGCAUCAGAGCGAUCCGUGUGUCGUGCGUGUGUCGUGUGUGCGUGUGUGCGACGACCCACUUGCAGCAGGGUCGGCUCGGCUGUGGUUGCUCAGCUUCUCUCCUCUCCAGCUGGUCCAUACAUAGCGUUCUGCCUGCAUCUACGAGCAUGCAGGCCAGACAGACAGACAGACAGACAGGCAGACAGGCAGGCAGGCAGACAGGCAGAGACAAACACACACACACACCAGAAAAGAGAGGAAGAGAUGUGAGGGACACAAUUGAAGACGUCACUUCUCUCUUCUGCCUGUCUUGACGUGCGUACCUGCGCCAAGGUAGGCUGCUGUCCUGAUAUGAACCAACGAACGAAGCCAGCCAAGAAACAAAGGACAAACAACACAAACAAAGGACAAACAACCCAGACCCUCACAAACAACGUACAAGGGCUAGCUACCUUGCUACACACAAACAAACAUACAUAAAGAUGCGGACACGCAUACACACACGGCUGGCGGUCUCUAUUCAUUUCACUUGCAUGCCACGCGUCUAUCGGUCGGUGGGGGAGCGGAGGAGUUAGUUGGAUUGAUGAUUUUGAUAUGUUAAGGGCGAAUUAAGGGUGUUUGUUUCUGUGUUGCCGAGGUGUAGAUGCGCGUCCACAAAACGGGGCCGGGUUUCGUUACCGUUUGUUUGAAGCGUAGAAGGCCAUGAGGUGGGCGGGCGAUGAGGCCAUGGGCGUCGAUCGAGGAGAGAUGAGGAGCCAGCGAAAGCUUGGGCUCUUGUUCCUUCUUGCACAGAGAGAGAGACGAUGGGGCGAAACUUCACUUACCUGUUUGGGAGACGGCCACCAGGAGAAACAGCCAAAAUCUCAUCUGCACGCCAACCUGCAGGGCACGUGAGGCCAUCACAGCAAUGAAAAGGACAAUGCAGUGGUCCUUGAACAUCACAUCCAUACACCAUACCGUCACCGCAGCCAACAGAAAAAAAGAAGGUACUCACCUGAGAGGAUGUUCAAAGUUUGAAGACAAAGCAAGGCGUCGGCGCACUCAGCUGACGCCAGACAGGCGUCAGACAGUCGCCAACGUUCAGCAAAAGGCAGGGCGCCACCGGCGAAGGCCUUGCUCGUGGCACGGCGGUAGAGGAAGGAAGUGGCAGGCGAAAUCCGGACGAGUUGGGAGGGGCGGGAGGGGAUGGGGCGGACCACAUAAGCCAAAAAGCAAGUGAAAAGAAAACGGGCUAUCUGUGGCCGAGAGAAGGCUGGAGAGCCGAAAC